UUUAUCUUACCUCCUAAUGGAGAUGUCUCUCAUGUAGUGCAGCUUGCAGAAAGGGGUCCCCCCAAAUGAAAGUCACACCACCUUCAAUUCAUCAUUUUAUUGGAAAGAGAUGUGCCUGGUAGCAUUCUUUGAAGAAAAAAAAGGUUGUUUUUUUGAAGGGCCAGUGUAAGGCAUGAAAAUGUGGUUUGUUACCUCAGGGCAACGCUAUGCAGCAGAGGGUUAAAGAGUCUUCUAGAAUAAAAAUAAAGCUUUGUGUAAGUUCCAGGGAAGGAGAAAGGAGUGACAUUUAGUUGCUCGAUGAGGCCAGGGUGAAUUACAUGGGAAACACACUAAUGAGGCUUUAAAAUGCAGGCUCUUUUUCCCUUUUAUUUUCCUUCUCUUUUUAUUUUCUUUCCCCAAAAGAAUCAGAGCCUAGAAACAAGUCACAGUGGCUUUUAUAUACACAGAUGUAUUUUGAAGUAAAUUCCAAAGGACUGUUUGAGGAACACAUCUUGCUUUGGAGAGGACCGCUGUUAUGUCAAAAAGUGUGAAUGUGAAGAAGUCUCUGUGUUGUAGAUUUGCUGAAGAAAUGUUUAAGUAACGCUCCAUCACUUCUUUAUUUUACAUCGUUGGAGCUCUUUUGUACACAGUUCCACUCCAGUACGCCACACCGCCACCGGUUCUCAAUUGUGUAAAGCACCUCAAGUCUAAACAUGCGUAACGAGAACACGCUCUUGAGAAGGCAGGUAUGAAAAAAGAAAAACAAGAAAAUAAAUCCCGAGGAUCGUUUUUAUUCCUGUCGGUGCACAUUUAUAGACUCUGAGAGCCAUGUGCGCACAGUGAAGCCACCAGCAGCCACCGCAGCGGGCGGCAUCAGAUGACUGGAUGGCUGGGGAAAAAAAGUGACAGUCCUAUCUCAGAAUUCCCCUUUAAUCCCAGCACUGAAAUCUGGGGAUUUACUUCACCUUUUCACAAGAAACGAAGCUCCACCCACAGCAUCGUGUCUCUCUCUGUGGAGCAGCUGUAAGUUACUUCUCCGGGAAGAAAAAAAUUUAAAGGAGGAUACAGAUCCUUUUAGAGCCUCUGGUCAGGACAGCCGCACACAUGAGAAGAUGUAGGGGACGAGUCUAUGGUUAGAAGGUCGUGAUGGUCGUACCCUGCACUGAAUAUGGAGAGGCACAGGCGCCUGUCCUCCAGGGUCUGUGGGAGUAUGUGAAGAGCGGACAGGAGGACGUGCUCCGCUCACCGUACCUGCCCGCGUCUUUUGCGUUCCUGGCCCACGUGCUGCUCUGCGCACCUUUCCUGGCGCUGGAUGCUCUGGGGAGCGUCUGUCAGCGGGUUCGGUCAUGGAGGAUGACCGCGGGGUCGGGUCCGCCGCCGUCUUUGAGCCGAUGGUUAGAGUGUUUCUGCAGGGUUUUGUAUAAAUACGUGACCGUGGUCCUGCCAGUCACUGCGCUCUUCAACACCCUGAUAAACCUCAAGUUACCUGAUGUGGCCCCCAGCUGCUGGCAGCUCUGCGUGGAGGUGGUGGCAUGCCUGCUGCUUUUUGACAUGCUCUUCUUCAUGUGGCACUACGUCAUGCACAGAGUUUCCUGGCUGUACCGCAACAUCCACCAAAUGCACCACCAGCACCACACUCCCUUCGCUCUGGCAGCUCAGGACUGCAGCUCGGCCGAGCUGUUGUCUCUACUGUUGCUGUCUUUGAGCAGCGCCUGGAUGGUGGGCUGUCACCCUCUCAGCGAGGCCCUCUUCCACCUCAUCAACACCUGGCUUGCUGUGGAGGACCACUGCGGCUACGACCUGCCCUGGGCUCUGCACAGACUGCUGCCCUGUCUGGGAGGAGCCCCCCACCACCACGCACACCACAGUUUGCAAACCAUAAAUUACGCCCCUCUCUUCACGCACUGGGACCACCUCUUUGGGACGUAUCGCACAUCGGUGCUGAAUUCACGUCCGCAGUGACAAGCCUGUUGCAUGCAACUGGUUUUCUCAGAUUCAAUGAAGGAUGUUAUCUUUUGGCUGAUGAGUUUACGUGUAAUCUCACUGUUCGCUCAUUUAUUGCUACACAUCGUCGCAAUCAAUAAUACAAUACAUAAACUGAUACUUUAGGACAGCAUGAUGUAUGUGGCCACUGUAUUGUAGGCCGUAAGUGAAGACCCCCAGCAUUUUCACCUUUGUCGUCAGAGCUUUCAGGGACGGUCGGGGAUUGGAGCUGAUUGUGAAACUAAGCACCACCGGAUGCUGACUGCUCCAGCCGGUGUACCUUGAUUCAUCCUUCUUUAUGACUCAAUCAGUUACAAAAUGAGCUGGUCCAGUAAAGUCAUUAAGAAAGCAUUUGCUCUGGUUACAGAGCAAUGGAGCCAAAGACUGUUUUCAGACACUGUGCCAUGCCAAUACAAGUCUUUAUGCAAGCAGAGGAGCCUGCCCCCUGCUGGCUUGUUUCAGAACUUAUAAACUGAACUAUGGGAAGGAAAUUAGAUCACCUUUUCCUUGGGGAAAAAAACAGUAUCGCCCUCCUCAAUGAGCCAUUGUAGUUAUGCUGAAGCGAGACAUUUUCUUUACUGCAAUUGAAAAUGCACCCCACCCCCACAUAUUCUCAUAAACUCAGAGUGACUUUGUUACUUUGGAGGAGUGAAUCCCCAACAAAGACCUGUUUAUACAACCCAGUACAAUGAAUCACAUUCUACAGUUCAUCAGUUUAAUACUUUAAGCUCGGGCUUUUUAAUGUGGCCAGUAUAUUGUUAUUGUACAGCGGAUAACAAUCACGGCAUAUUGUUUAUGGAGGCGAGGAGAUCUGGACACAUUUCAGAUCCCCCACAUCCAAAACAGAAAAUGUAAUUAAAAACUAAACUGAAACAAGUAAACCGGUCCAAGCAGAGGGGAAAUAAUCUGCUAGGGCUGCAAAUUCAAGUGCAAGCUUUGCUUUUUGAAAUCUAAAUGCAUUUAGACUGAAAAUUUUAAGACAGAUCAGCUAUUUUGUGAGGAAAAUGUAUAUAUUUUAAGUAGGCUUAGUUAGACACCUAUAUAUUUUAUUUUUCCUGUUACAUUCAGGGCCUGUUUAUGAGUGAUUGUAAAGUUGUGUUGGAAAUCUGCCAGACUGUCGUAGUGAAUGAAAGCAGGACACAGACUGUUUUUUUUUUUUGCCUCAGGCUCAUGUUUCUACCGUGCUGCUGCGGUUAGUCAUUUGUAUAGCACAUUUUGAGCCUUUCAGUAAUCAGUUACUAACACGGUUCCUUGGUGCCACAACGAAGAAAAUUAAAGCCAUGUGUUUUUCUAGA